ACCUCAGGUCCUGGCAGGACAAAGGUCUACUAAGCGAUUCCUUCUUUGAGAAGUAAUCAGCAGUUAAGCCACUCUAGGAUCCAACGUCUUCAUUCCAGAGGAAGGUUGAACAGAACUCUGAUAGAUACCACUCCUACAGCCUGGCUGAAGGAGCACAUGACAAACGCUACCAUGGAGAAUCAUUUCACACAGAUUUCUCGAGUGGACUUGGAAGAGUUAAGAGAGGCCUUUGAUAAAAUCGACAUUGAUAACAGUGGCUUUGUGAGUGACUUUGAGCUCCAGGAGCUGUUCAGAGAAGCCAGCCUCCACCUGCCAGGGUACAAAGUGCGAGAGAUCGUCGAGACCUUCAUCGCAGGAGACACAAACAAAGACGAGAAGAUCAGCUUUGAAGAGUUUGUCUCCAUUUAUCAAGAGCUGAAGAGUAAGGAGUUCAGUGAAACAUUCAGGAAAGUCCUCUCAAGGAGAGAUGGGAUCUACUCCUUCGGCGGAACAUCUGGAGUCUCUUGUGAGGGAACGCAGCACUCCUACUCAGAUGAAGAGAAAGUGGCUUUUGCUAGGUGGAUCAACAAAGCUUUGGCAAAGGAUCCUGACUGCCAACAUCUGCUGCCCAUCAACCCCAACAAUGAGAGCCUUUUUUCCUCCAUCCGUGAUGGCAUCUUGUUAUGUAAAAUGAUCAACCUCUCUCAGCCUGACACCAUCGAUGAGAGGGUCAUCAACACAAAGAAGCUCACCACCUUCAACAUGAGGGAAAAUAUCAUCCUGGCUCUGAACUCUGCUUCGGCGAUCGGCUGCACGGUGGUGAGCAUAGACGCCCAUAAUCUGAUGGCUGGGAAACCCCAUCUGGUCCUUGGGCUGCUGUGGCAGAUUAUCAAGGUUGGACUUUUUGCUGAUAUAGAGAUCACCAGGAACGAAGGUCUGAUCACUCUUUUGAUGGAAGGAGAAGAGCUGGAUCAUCUGAUGUCUCUCUCUCCUGAGGACCUACUGCUGAGAUGGGUCAACUAUCAUCUCAGCAAUGCAGGAACGCAAACAAUCAGCAAUUUCAGUUCUGAUAUAAAGGACUCAAGGGCCUACUUUUACCUUUUGGACCAGAUUGCUCCUCAAGAUGAAGAUGAAUUCCAUUUAGGGGUCAAGAUUGACAUGACAGGCCUCGACGAAGGGAACUUGGAGCGAAGGGCUGAGCUGAUGCUGCAGGAAGCUGCCAAGUUGGACUGCAGGCAGUUUGUUUCUCCUCAUGACGUCACGUCAGGAAACAGCAAACUCAACACGGCCUUCGUAGCAAACUUAUUUAACAUGCACCCAGGUCUGCAGAAGGCUCACAUCAAUGCAACCAGCCUGGAAGGGGAGCAUAUAGAAGCGGAAACCAGAGAGGAGAAAACGUUUCGCAACUGGAUGAACUCUCUGGGAGUCUCACAUGUCAACCACCUUUAUCGGGAUCUGUGUGAUGGCACGGUAAUCCUGCAGCUUUUGGAAAAAGUCAAAGUGCCUGUAAACUGGAAACAAGUUAACAGCCCACCUUAUCCUUUCCUGGGUGGAAACAUGAAAAAGUUGGAGAACUGUAACUAUGCUGUGAAGCUGAGCAAGGAUGUAGCUAGCUUCUCCCUCGUUGGUGUUGGAGGAGAAAACAUCAAUGAAGGAAGCCGUACACACACCCUGGCUCUAGUCUGGCAGCUGAUGAGAAGGUACGCCGUCAUGGUUUUGUCAGAUUUGGGCAACGGAGAGAAGAUUGGAGAUCAGGUUAUCCUGAACUGGGUCAAUAACACUCUGAAAAAGCAACGAAAGGACUCACAGAUCAGCAGCUUUAAAGACAAGCUGAUCAGCACCAGUUUGCCUGUGAUUGACCUGAUCGACGUCAUUGCUCCCUGUACCGUCAAAUGGGACAUGGUGAAGAGAGCAGAAAAAGGAGUGCUGACGAAUGAAGAGAAACUCAACAAUGCCAAGUAUGCUAUCUCACAGGCCCGUAAGAUCGGCGCUCGUGUUUAUGCUCUGCCCGAUGAUCUGGUGGAAGUAAAUCCUAAAAUGGUGCUGACGGUGUUCGCCUGCCUCAUGGGGCAUGAUCUGAAAAAGGCCAAACGUUGAAACAGAAACCCAUAGAAAUAAACAAAUCUGUACAAAACACACAGUCGCAAACUUUUCCAUAAAAACAUUUCCAUUGUUGUAAUCUUGUUUCUGUGACCUGCAGCCUUCCUACAAUCACCAAAAUUCCAAAGAUAAAAUUCACAGUUUUUUGUUAUCCUUCGAAACAGUCAGCCUUACUUAAAGAUGGAUUUUUUUCUUUGUAAAUCAGCUGCAUUUGUUAUAUAUUAUUUUAACUUUAUAAAACUUUUAUUUUUGCUUUACAGGAUAUUUUUGUCUCUGCAUUAUUUUCCCUCUGCAAUAUACACUGGGGAAUAAUUAAAUCCCACACACAAAAGUCUUUUCGUGAAGUCUCAGAAUGUCUGCAUUUAUUAUUUAAUAAUAGAAAAAUUGAAUAAACAUUUUAACAGUU